AUGUUAGAAACCCAGGGAGAGUCUAAUGAACUCGGGGAACCUGGGCUCCUCGGUGGCUCGGGCGCGUGUCCGGAGCCGCGCCCGUUCCCUCGAAGGCCGCCUGUACCCGGGGCCACGCGGGGCCACGCCGGGAGGCCGAGAUUCUGCUCCCGACGGGGUUCCUCCGAGCCUCCACGACCACCCGACCAAGCAGACAGCGGGGUUCGGGCCGCUGACUCACACCGUGGGGAGCACAAGGUUCGAGAACUUGUCCUGGACAAUUGCAAAUCAAAUGAUGGGAAAAUUGAGGGCUUAACAGCUGAAUUUGUGAACUUAGAGUUCCUCAGUUUAAUAAGUGUAGGCUUGAUUUCAGUUUCAAAUCUCCCCAAACUACCAAAAUUGAAAAAGCUUGAGCUCAGUGACAAUAGAAUCUAUGGAUGUCUGGACAUGUUGGCAGAAAAACUUCCAAAUCUCACACAUCUAAACUUAAGUGGAAAUAAACUGAAAGAUAUCAGCACCUUGGAACCUUUGAAAAAGCUGGAAUGUCUGAAAAGCCUGGAUCUGUUUAACUGUGAGGUUACUAACCUGAAUGACUACCGGGAGAGUGUCUUCAAGCUCUUGCCCCAGCUGACCUACCUGGAUGGCUAUGACCGAGAGGAUCGAGAAGCUCCUGACUCAGAUGCUGAGGUGGAUGGUGUGGAUGAAGAAGAGGAUGAUGAAGAAGGAGAGGAUGAGGAGGACGAGGAGGAUGAAGAUGGUGAGGAGGAAGAGUUUGAUGAUGACGAGGAUGACGAUGAAGAUGAAGACAUAGAAGGGGAGGAAGAUGAAGAUGAAGUCAGUGGGGAGGAAGAAGACUUUGGACUUGAGGAAGAUGAAGAUGAAGAUGAUGAGGACGAGGACGAAGAGGAGGAAGAAAGCGGGAAAGGUGAAAAGAGGAAGAGAGAAACAGAUGAUGAAGGAGAAGAUGAUUAGGAUCCCAAAUAACCUGCAAAAAAAGAACUGUUCAGUAUUGGUUGGACUGCUCAUAUGGAUUUGGUAGCUGUUUUAAAAAAAAAAAAAAAAAAAAA